UAUGUUUGGCUGACGAUGACGCACUUUGACUCCGCCCAGCGCGUUCCUUUCCAUCCGCGUGUCCGUAAGUUAGCUUGUGUCCACGCCGAGGGUCUCCAACUUGGAAGAGAAAUGCCGUCAAAAAUCAUCUUUGACAACCAGGAACAAAGUAUGGAUGAACAACUGGACACUGUGGCGGAUGCUAAAGCCUCCAAGAAGAACAAGAUCAAGGGGGAAAAGAAGCUGAAGAAAAAAGAGCAGCAGAUGGAGGAGCAGGAAGAGGCUGACUUUGAGGCCCCAGCACCAAAAAAGAAAAAGAAAAAAGACAAGACGAUGGUGGAAGAACAAAACGGCCACAUGGAAGAGGCCAAUGGUAUUUGCGAUGGUGUUCAAACGCCGAAGCAGAAGACCAAGAAGAGCAAAAAUGGCAACAUAGACACGGUGGAAGAACAAAACGGCCACAUGGAAGAGGCCAAUGGUAUUAGCGAUGAUGUUCAAACGCCGAAGCAGAAGACCAAGAAGAGCAAAAAUGGCAACAUAGACAAAAAACAAAAGCAGAAAGCAAAUGAAGAGACAGCAAUCAAAGAACAUUCCACCCCAAACACGCCAUCCCCGUCCAGUGAUGACUCCUGUGACAGCGAAAAGGAAACGGAAGAAACUCCAGAACAGAAAGAAGGAGCGUUUUCCAACUUCAGAAUCUCUCAAGUCACAAUCAAUAAACUGAAAGCUCGGGGAGUUUCUUACCUUUUUGAUAUUCAGGUGAAGACAUUUAAUCCUGUUUAUGAUGGGGAGGAUGUACUUGCUCAGGCGCGCACAGGAACAGGAAAAACUUUCUCCUUCGCCAUACCUUUGGUGGAGAGGCUGCAGAAGGAGGGCGGAGAGACGACCCGAGGUAGACCCCCCAAGGUUCUGGUUUUGACUCCUACCAGAGAGUUGGCCAUCCAGGUGGCGAAGGACUUCAAAGAUGUCUCCAAGAAACUUGCCAUCGCUUGUUUCUAUGGCGGCAGCUCAUACAACCCACAGCUCGAUGCGAUUCGUAAUGGUAUUGACAUUUUGGUUGGAACUCCUGGGCGCAUCAAAGAUCACCUUCAGAACCAUAAACUCAACCUCUCUGAUCUGAAACAUGUGGUUCUGGACGAAGUGGACCAAAUGCUGGACAUGGGCUUUGCAGAACAGGUUGAAGAAAUUCUGAGUUUAUCUUACAAGAAAGAUAGUGACACCAACCCACAGACUCUCCUGUUUUCUGCCACUUGCCCCCCUUGGGUUUAUGAAGUGGCCAAGAAAUACAUGAGACCAGGUUGCAAACAUGUGGACUUGAUUGGCAAAAAGACACAAAGAGCUGCGACCACUGUUGAACAUCUGGCUAUAGCCUGCCACUGGUCCCAGCGUGCUGCAGUGAUAGGCGAUGUCAUCCAGGUGUACAGUGGCAGCCAUGGCAGAACCAUCAUCUUCUGUGAAACAAAGAAGGAGGCAAAUGAGCUCUCAAUGAAUGCAUCCAUCAAGCAGAGUUCCCAGACCCUCCACGGGGAUAUUCCUCAGAAACAGAGAGAGAUAACACUGAAAGGCUUCAGAAAUGGAGCUUUUGAGGUUCUGGUUGCUACAAAUGUUGCAGCUCGUGGAUUAGACAUUCCUGAAGUCGACCUGGUUGUCCAGUCUUCUCCACCAAAGGACGUAGAGUCAUACAUCCAUCGCUCUGGGCGAACAGGCCGAGCAGGCAGGACCGGAGUCUGCAUCUGCUUUUACCAGAGAAAAGAAGAGGAACAGCUGCGCUAUGUGGAAAACAAAGCUGGGAUCACAUUUAGACGAGUUGGUGUCCCAACCGCCAACGACAUCAUCAAGGCGUCCAGCAAAGACGCUGUCAGGUUUCUGGAUUCUGUUCCGGUCACAGCUAUUGAAUAUUUCAAAGAGUCUGCAGAAAAACUGAUCGAGGAGAGGGGAGCGGUGGAAGCCUUGGCUGCAGCUCUGGCUCACAUUUCAGGAGCCACAAGCCUGGAGCAGAGAUCCCUCCUCAACUCUGACGCUGGUUACACCACUAUACAGAUGACCUGCUCUCAGGAGAUGCAUAAUCUGGGUUAUGCCUGGAGAACCAUUAAAGAGCAGCUAGGAGACGAGUUUGAAAACCACAUUCACAGAAUGACCUUCCUCAAAGGCAAAAAUGGAGUUUGCUUUGAUGUUCCAUCUGAUAAAGUCAAGGAGAUGAUGAGCAACUGGCAAGAUGGUCGCCGCUGGCAGCUGACUGUAGCCACAGAGCUCCCAGAGCUGGAGGAGAAGCAGCUCGGUAACCGUGGUGAUAGGAGCUUCGGGGGUGGUAACCGUGGUGAAAGAAGGGGGUUCAGAGGUGGAAGGGGAGGAAAUUUUAGGGGUAAUGGCAACAACAGGUUCCGCAACAGUGGAGGCGACUUUAACAACAGCAACCGAGGAGGACACAAGCGCUCCUUCAGCCAAGCCUUCGAUUACUGAGCAGCCGGCCUGUGGCUGGACUGACUGUGACUCAGAGACUUGCAGCGUUUUCAUUGGCCGUCAGUGAAAGAGGCACAACUAUGGCAGGUGAAGCUUUCACUAUUAACCAGGUCCAAGCUAUUUUCACUCACGAGUCAUAAGAAUACUGAUAAAAACCAAAUGUAAUACUUUGUCAGUUAGGAGUUUUUAUUUAGAGCUUCUCCUGUGACCAGUAUAUCUACAGAGCAGGCCUGUCAAGGGUGCUUGUAAUCUUUUUAAAGUUGAUGCAUCAACUCAAAAAAAAUGAUGAAAGGAAAUCCUAAAAGGAGAAAAGUUACUUUUCUUUCUCUUCUUUUCUUGGGGUGGAUGGUGUUAAAAAUAUGUUAAUACUUUUAUUUGGCUGUACUUGCCCGACAAUUUGUAAACCUGACUUUUUUUUUUACACAAUUGACAUUUUUAGAGUUUGUGUUGCCAUAAUACAACAGUGAACAGCAGGAGUCAGUCCAGUACCCCCCGCUGAGAUUGCCCUCCCCGAGAAUUUAUUUAAUGAUUGCCUUGCAAUUGCUUUUGUUUAAGAACUGUCAACUUCGUUCAUUCAUUUGAAUGAAAUUAUUCAAUAAAAAAAGUGAAUUCA